GAGCAACGCGGGAGGGGGUCGAUCUAGCGGGAGCCUCGUCUCGCAGCGAUCGGCGGCGCGAGCUUCGACGAUGGAUUCGGCUCGGCCCAGAAGGGUUCCCAACAAAUCCCGCCGCCCGGAGUGGAGAGAGGAGCUUAGGACGAAUUGCUUGGAAAGAGUUAAAAAUGAGAGAGUCCAGUUGCUCUGGAAGGUCAGGAUCCAAGGGCAGCUACCUGCUAAUGACAAGAAAACGGUCGAAUCUGCAGUCAGGAACAUUAUCUCCGAUGAGGUACAGAAACUCAAACAGUGUGUGGAUGGAAAAGAGGACAACGAUGCUGAUAUGAUAUGGGAAUAUCAAGGACCACAGGAAGCUGAGCCUGCUGAAUUUGAUAGUGAAGACAUAUUGCUUGAGAUGGAAAGACUUCUUUAUGAGGAUCUCCGGGAAGAAUUAAUUCGGAAAGAAAUAGAGGCCCUUGAUGAGGAAGAUGCAUACUUAGCCCAGGCUGCUUUUGAUCAUUUGCAAUUAAAUGACGAGGGUGCCGAAAAUGCUAAGCUCUGGUGUCCAGUAUGCAAACAAGGAGAGCUACGAGAGGCUCAUAAUCUCAUACACUGUACUCUCUGUAAGAUACGGCUUGACCUUGGAGAAGAUAAGGUAGACCUGGAUUUCUUACGGGAACGGUUGGCUAAUGUGCAUACUGAGCAUUUAGACAGAGGAUGCACAUUGUCACCCAAGUUCUGCUUACAGACCAUGUUUGGGUUGAAUGCACUUUGCAUACAGUGCGAUAAGUGCAGCACUUUUGAGGUGGUGAUGUAAAUAUUGCGAUGAAGCUAAUGCGAUGACACACAUUAUAGGAAGGUUGUGGUAGUUUUUCUCGAGCUAUCUAUUAGAAAUUUGCUGUACCUGUGGUAUGCUGAGGUGUCCAAACAAUAAGGAGCCAUAAAUGUAACUGCAUGUGUGCCUACCUUGUUUUGCCUUGUAAAGACUUACUAUGCAGUGUGAUUAGGCAGGUAGUUUUCGUCAAUAUUUUGUUGGCAGCUUGUUUGUUUCGUGAUGCUUCUACACUCACAUUGUCCUACUGAUAGAAUUUCCCCGCCUUGUAGUAGUGGAAUGGAGUACUGUGUGAACCCAGCUGUUUCUUGCUAGCUAGUAAUAUAUUUCCAGUUCGCUGAGUUUUGAAA